AUGGCAAAACCAUACAAUAACAAUGAGGAAAUCGAUGGUAUCUCAUCUGGCAAUACACACAAUGCCUCUUGUGACGGCUGCCGAUCGGCUCAUAUCUACAGUGAUCGAUACAAAUGUCUUCAAUGCAUCGAUUAUGAUCUAUGUGGCUACUGUUUCGAAGAACGACGCGAGACACGACCACACUCGAGUGGACAUGCAAUGGUUCAUUUUAAAAUACCCAAUGAAUUGUUCGGUGAGCAUGUACCUUGUCCGAAUGAUAUCACGUUAGCGAAAUUGAACGAGCUUCUUGCUGGGAAACAACAUAAUACUAAAUGUGAUGGUUGCUCGAUACAGAUUGUUGGUGUUCGAUUCAAAUGCGAUACUUGUCACAAUUACAAUUUAUGUUCAAAGUGUAUGCAACAGCGAGUGACCAGUAAAAAUCAUCAGAGUACUCAUCCACUAGUGGUCGCUAGCAAUCAAAGUCUGCUCAAAAUCAAUAUAAAUGAUAUUCUUAAGGGUGAAGUGCUUGGUCACGGAGCAUUCGGUCAAGUAUACAAGGCUGUUUGGUUGUCAAAAAACCGCGAAGUAGCAUGCAAAGUAUUCCGAGUGACAGCACAUAGACGGCAUUUGGAAGAUAGUUUUCGAAAAGAAUUGAAUGCUUAUGCUGAACUGUCAGGUGCUUAUAUUCUUAAAACAUUUGGCUAUGGGGAACGUCUGAUGGCUAAUGGUAUCAAAGAAUGUUAUUUAAUAACCGAAUUCAUGCCUCAUGGAAGUCUUUCAAAUGUUAUCCACAACGAAAUGGAGAAAAUAUCACUUCGACGUAAAUUGACUAUGGCAUGUCAUGUUGUUAGUGGUAUGAGCAAGUUACACGCCCAUACGAUGAUUCAUCGUGACAUCCGUCCCGAUAAUAUUCUUGUCUCAAGUAAUUACACAGCAAAAAUCGGUGAUAUGGAUUUGAUUCGUCAGUAUUUUGAUGAUAUGAUGAAACAAUUCAAUCGCAUUCGUCAUCUUAUUGAUUUUCGACGACCAAAACAUCAACAACCAGCUCCACAAAGCGUCAAAGCGAUGAAAUAUUUUGACGAUGCGUGCAUUGAUGAUUAUGAUCCGAUCAUCAAACACGAGCCGAGAAAAAUUGAUAAGCGGCCAGUGCGAUGUCCUAGUCCACCACCGAAUUUCCCACGAGUUCAAGAAGAGGGUCACCAACAGUUUCUCAACGCGGCAAAACAUCCACGAUCACGUACACCAAUUCCUCUCUCUCCACGUUUCAACAAUCGAAUGCAUCAGCAACAUGUUUUUCAUAGAGCAGAUCCGUUUCGGCCGAUCAGCGCUAACAAUGACAUCCAUCAACAUCUAAUGGAAUUUCAUUUAAAUGCCGAUUUUGAUCACAAUUCUGGACAGUUUCAUCGCAUGAUGCGACAGUUCUAA